AUGUCAUUGAACACUUCCACUGCAGGAAAAGGUGUGGAUCCAAGCGCGGUUGACACUUACGACAGUGGCGAUGAUUGGGAAAUCGGUGUUGGGAAUUUAAUAAUCGAUUUGGACGCCGAUUUGGAGAAGGACAGACAGAAAUUUGAGAUGAAUAAUUCUACUAAUACCACCAGCAGCAGUAACACCAGCUCCAAGGAUUGCGGGGGUCUGGCUUCCAGUGGGGCUAAUGCUACCUCAGCCUUAGCUGAUGGCCUAAAAUUUGCUUCUGUUCAGCCCUCUGCUCCCCAGGGGAAUUCCUCUCACAAAGAGACUAGCAAAUCAAAAGUGAAAAGGAGUAAAACUUCUAAGGAUGCUAAUAAAUCUCUGCCUUCUGCUGCCUUGUAUGGGAUUCCUGAGAUCAGCAGUGCUGGCAAGAGGCAGGAAGUCCAAGGGCGCCCUGGAGAGGCAACUGGCAUGAAUUCAGCACUGGGUCAAAGCGUGAGCAGUAACCCAAACGGCAAUAACAACACCACCAGCAACAAUACCACCAUUGCCUCUUGUGGGAAAAACAAAGAGGAGAAACCAGGUAAAGCCCUGGGCAGCAGAGGCUCCAAGCGGGAUAAGGAUGCGGGGAAAUCCAGGAAGGACAAGCAGCAUGACCUGCAGCAGGGCCACCCCAAUGGCAGUGGGGGUGGCAGCAGCCAAGCUCCCCCUGGGCACCUCUAUGGCUUCGGGGCCAAGGGCGGCACUGGUGGAAGCAGCAGCCCUUUCCACAGCACCUCCUCUGCCGUGGGGGAGGUGAGCAAAAGUACCCCGGAUUCAGGGUUAAUGGGGAACUCUAUUCUGGUAAAGAAGGAAGAGGAGGAGGAGGAGAGCCACAGGCGAAUCAAGAAGUUGAAAACAGAAAAGGUUGAUCCCCUGUUUACAGUGCCUGCACCUCCACCUCCGAUUUCCAGCAGUAUCACACCUCAGAUUCUGCCUUCCUACUUUUCCCCAUCUUCAUCCAAUAUUGCAGCACCAGUCGAGCAGCUUUUGGUACGGACUCGUUCAGUGGGUGUAAAUACUUGCGAGGUUGGAGUAGUAACAGAACCCGAAUGCCUUGGACCCUGUGAGCCUGGGACCAGCGUGAACUUGGAAGGAAUUGUGUGGCAUGAAACUGAAGAAGGUGUCCUAGUGGUAAACGUUACGUGGAGGAACAAGACUUAUGUGGGAACACUGCUGGAUUGCACAAAGCAUGACUGGGCCCCUCCUAGGUUUUGUGAAUCUCCAACAAGUGACCUGGAAAUGCGUGGAGGACGGGGCAGGGGAAAGCGGGCAAGGUCCGCUGCAGCUGCAGCUGUACCUGGGAAUGAUGCGAGUUUUGCAGAGUCCAGAGGACUUCAGAAUAAGAAUCGAGGUGGUGCCAAUGGGAAGGGGAGGAGGGGCAGCCUUAACUCAAGUGGGCGCAGGACACCCCCAAACUGUGCCAUGGAUGAAGUCAAAGCCAGCCCCUCAUCCACAAACAAGAGAAAAACUAAGCCUCCAAUGGAGCUAGAUUUGAACUCCAGUUCGGAGGACAAUAAAUCUGGAAAACGUGUUCGUACUAACUCCAGAAGCACUCCCACCACCCCACAGGGGAAACCCGAGACUACUUUUUUGGAUCAAGGCUGCUCUUCUCCUGUGCUGAUUGACUGUCCUCACCCCAACUGCAACAAAAAGUACAAGCACAUUAAUGGAUUACGAUACCAUCAGGCUCAUGCACAUUUAGAUCCAGAAAACAAACUGGAGUUUGAGCCUGACAGUGAAGACAAAAUUUCGGACUGUGAGGAAGCGUUGAGUAAUGUGGCACUUGAAUGCGGUGAGCCAAGCACAAAUUUGCCAGGCUUUGAUCCAUUAAAAGCACCGACAUCUCCCUCCUCCAUCACUACCCCAGGGACCCCCAAGGGAAAAAGGGAACUGACCAGCAACGGCUCCGGUCCAGUUAUCAGUUCCAAAACUGGCAAGAAUUCUGGCAAAAAGAAGGGUCUGAACAGUGAAUUGAACAGCCUUCCGGUAAUUUCUAAUAUGGCAGCCACACUGGAUAAUUGCUCAGUAGCAGAUGGCAAUUUGCAAACCGAAAUGCCAAAAUUGGAGGCUGAGGGGUUAAUCGACAAGAAGAGUUUGGGUGAUAAAGGCAAGAAAGCAAACAAUUGCAAAGUGGAUAAAAACCUUUCCAAACUGAAAACAGCCAGGCCCAUUGCCCCAGCGCCAGCACCAACUCCUCCCCAAUUAAUAGCUAUACCUACUACAGCCUUUACAACCACCACUACAGGGACAAUACCGGGACUGCCCUCUCUAACAACUACUAUUGUUCAGGCUACACCAAAGAGCCCUCCGCUAAAACCUAUUCAACCAAAGCCCACAAUUAUGGGAGAGCCAAGCACUGUAAACCCAGCUCUCACAUCACUCAAAGACAAAAAGAAAAAGGAGAAGCGAAAGCUGAAGGACAAAGAAAGCAAAGAGACGGGAAGCCCCAAGAUGGAUUCUAAGCUGGGAAAGCUGGAAGAUUCAAAAGGGUCUGGGAAAGACUUAUCUGGACAUUUUUUAAAGGACCAUCUCAACAAGAAUGAAGUGCUAGCUAAUGGACUGUCAGAGUCUCAAGAGAGCAGGAUGGCAAGUAUUAAGGCUGAAGCUGAUAAGGUUUACACGUUCACAGACAAUGCGCCCAGCCCUUCCAUAGGGAGUGCCUCCAGGAUGGAAUGCAGCACUUUGGUGAAUGGACAAUCUGCCAUGGCGCCACUGCACGUAUUGACACAAAAUGGUGCAGAUAGCACAGCCGCUAAAACUAACAGCCCUGCUUACUCGGAUAUUUCUGAUGCAGCUGAUGAUGGUGGUUCCGACAGCAGGUCAGAGGGCAUGAGGUCAAAGGCCAGCUCUCCGUCGGAUAUUAUUUCUAGUAAGGAUGGUGUUGUAAAAGGACAUUCUUCAACCACAGCACAAUCGGCUCAAGUGAAAGAGUCCCAUUCUCCCUAUUACCAUGGCUACGAUCCUUAUUAUUCCCCAAGUUACAUGCACUCUGGACAGGUCAGUGCCCCAGCAGCUGGGAACAGCAGUACCCCACAGGGACUGAAGAUCAAAAAAGAGGCUGAGGAAGAGGCUGAAAAGAAAGAGAAGGCAGAACCUGCAGAUGCCAAGAAAAGUGAAAGCACUUCCUCUAAUUUGCAGCCACAACAUCAGUCAGUAAUAACGCAAAGGCACCCUGCACUUGCUCAGUCACUUUAUUAUGGACAGUAUGCCUAUGGGCUCUAUAUGGACCAAAAGUCCUUAAUGGCCUCUAACCCUGCUUACAGGCAGCAGUAUGAAAAAUACUAUGAGGACCAGAGACUAGCAGAACAGAAAAUGGCACAAACUGGGAGGGACUGUGAAAGGAAGAAUGACCCCCCCUUGAAGGAGAUUGGGAAGGAUGACAACAAGCAGAAGAAUAUUCCAUCUGCCACUAUUUCAAAGGCCCCUUCAACUCCAGAGUCCAGCAAAAAUAACACUAAAAUAGGGUCAUCAGUCCCUAACAAAGGUGAGGAGACAAGCAAAUCACAGAUGCUUUCCAAUCACCAGCAGCAGCUUCAGUCUGACAGUUUCAAAGCCAAACAAAUGGAAAACCACCAGCUCAUAAAGGAGGCCGUGGAGAUGAAAUCUGUUAUGGACUCCAUGAAGCAAACGGGAGUAGAUCCGACCACAAGAUUUAAACAGGAUCCAGAUUCACGAACAUGGCAUCAUUAUGUCUAUCAGCCCAAAUACCUUGAUCAGCAAAAGUCAGAAGAACUUGAUCGUGAGAAAAAGUUAAAAGAAGACAGUCCUAGAAAAACACCUAACAAGGAAAGUUCCCUGCCUAACCUUCCUGUCUCAUUAGCAAGCAUUAAAGAGGAGCCUAAAGAGGUCAAGCGUUCUGAUUCUCAAUCAGUGGAUGAGAGCAAGAUAAAAAAUGAUGAUCGAAAGACUCCUGUAAAUUGGAAGGACUCUCGGGGUGCUAGAGUAGCGGUUUCCUCACCAAUGAGUCAGCAUCAGUCAUAUAUCCAGUACUUGCAUGCUUAUCCUUAUCCACAGAUGUACGAUCCCAACCAUCCAGCCUAUCGUGCAGUCUCUCCUGUCCUAAUGCACAGCUAUCCUGGGGCCUAUCUCUCUCCAGGAUUUCAUUAUCCAGUUUAUGGGAAGAUGUCAGGGAGAGAAGAGGCAGAGAAAGUCAAUACCAGCCCGAGCAUCAAUGCGAAAACAACCACUGAGUCCAAAGCACUGGAUUUGCUCCAGCAGCAUGCCAGCCAGUAUCGCAGCAAGUCCCCUGUUCCUGUGGAAAAAUCAGCAGCUGAGCGUGAACGGGAAGCAGAAAGGGAACGAGACCGGCAUUCUCCUUUUAGCCAGCGGCAUCUCCAUACGCACCAUCACACACAUGUUGGAAUGGGUUACCCCCUUAUACCUGGACAAUAUGACCCAUUUCAAGGAUUGACCUCUGCUGCCCUUGUUGCCACUCAGCAGGUGGCUGCGCAGGCAUCUGCAUCUGGUAUGUUUCCCGCACAAAGAAGGUAAAUAGCCAGUAAAUCUUAAAUUAUAUAUCUUAACAUAGAGAGGAGAAAGCAAAU